GAAACAACUUCAACUAAAAUCAAAAUUUAUAACGUUCCUCAAUAAAAAUCCAAAUUCAAACUUAAAUCAAUCAAAAGCGCAAACGACUAAAGUCGAAUCCACACAAAUUUUAAUCUAACUGCGCACACAUUUACGAUUUUUUAUUGUUGUGUUGACGAAUGAAGAAUCGAAAGAGACGUGGAUUAAUCACAAAAAAUAAUAAAAAAUUCGCUGUUGCGUCACUUCCAAAAGAAAAUUUUUACAAAAUUUUUGAAUGUUUUUAAUUUUUUGCCAUGGUUUCCGCCACAAGAAACUGCUUCCGAGGCAAACUUUUGCUGAAAAAUCAUCAUUCCCGACAUUCUGUGAGGUUUCGCUCCAGCACCGAAGUCUGUUCAGAAACAGCUGUUUCCGAUGCAAAGCCCUUUGAAGACGUUCCAGGCCCGAAAGGCUUCACUUUUUUUCAAUACUUGACCGGCAAAUAUAGUUGGGACAAGAUGCACGAAGGUUGCAUGGCGAAAUAUCAAAAGUACGGCUCGAUUGUGCGCGAAAGAAUUUUACCGACGAAGGAAGCGACGAUAGUUUACUUGUUCGAUCCCGAUGACAUUGCGAAAGUUCUCAAUGAAAAAGGUCCUGGGCUGUAUCCGCGACGCCAAAGUCACCUCGCUUUGAAGAAAUUUCGCAAAGAUCGCAGCGGAAUUUAUAAUACGGGCGGCUUGUUGCCCAGUAACGGCGAAGAAUGGUGGAAUUUGAGGGCAGAAUUGCAAAAAGGACUGAGUUCGCCGCAAAAUGUGAGGGAAUUUUUGCCUUUAGCUGACGGAGUUAUACAGGAAUUUGUCAAAAAUCAACGAGAAGGAUUCAUUUUUGACUAUUUGAAUGACAUUGAACGCUUGAAUCUCGAAUUGGUUUGUUUGAUGGGAUUUGACAUCAGAAUGAACGCAUUUAGCCCAGAAGAGCGUCUCCCGUCGUCAAUUUCAUCCCGAUUAAUUGAAGCUGCUCGAAUUUCCAACAGUUUAAUCCUUCCUUUGGACCAGGGAGUGCUUUGGCGCCUCUUUGAGACCCCCAUGUACAAGAAAUUUCGCAAGGCCCAAUCCUUCAUGGAAGAUGUCGCUGUCAAUUUGAUCCAACAAAAGCUCGAAUUCUACCACGAAGACCAAAAAACCCGAAAAUUAUCACUUUUGGACGGUUACUUGAGGAAUCCAAAGCUAAAUUUAUCCGAUAUUAUCGGAAUGGCGUGCGAUUUAUUGCUGGCGGGUGUCGAUACGAGCUCAUACACGACCAGUUAUGCCCUUUUUCAUCUCGGCAAACACCCAAAAGUGCAAGAAAAAUUAUUUGAAGAAGCAAAAAAAGUCUUUCCUGAUAAAAAUUCGCCGAUAGAUGGCGCUGCCUUGAACAACGAAGUCAAAUAUGCUCGAGCUGUGCUUCGAGAAACCUUGAGGUUGAACCCAAUUGCCAUCGGAGUCGGCAGAAUUUUGAACCAAGACACGGUUUUGAGUGGAUAUCUCGUGCCAAAAGGGACAAUUAUCGUCACACAGACCCAAGUUGCAAGUUUGUUAGAUAAAAAUUUCAAAAAUCCCGCGGAUUUUUUGCCGGAAAGAUGGUUGAGAACGCCCGAAGGAGGCAAACCUGACAUCAAUCCAUACACAAGUCUUCCUUUCGGGCACGGAAUGCGUGCCUGCAUCGCCCGGAGAUUCGCUGAACAGAACAUUAUCCUCUUCCUGUUGCGUCUCUUAAGGAAUUUUGAAGUCAAAUGGACCGGAGAUGCCCAAAUGGAGUACUCGACAAAGCUCAUUAACGUUCCAGAUGCGCCAAUUUCCCUCGAAUUGAUCGCUAGAAAGGAUUAAUUAAAAAGGAAAAAAUUGAAAU